AUGGGAGGCGCGAAGGAGAAGUCGCGCGAGGCUGCCGCUACGGAAGACGCCGAGGCGGCAUCCCCUUCCGAGUCCACGCAAGCGCCGAGGAAGCACGACUACUUCACUGACGUCCUCUUCAGCGAUCUGGAGCUGUCCGAACCGUUGCUAAAGGGGCUCAACGAGCUCUCCUUCGAGCGCACCACUGAAAUUCAGGCCAAGUGUAUCCCGCAUCUGCUGCAAGGCAAGGACGUCUUGGGAAAGGCCCAUACUGGUUCUGGUAAGACCUUGGCAUUUUUGGUUCCCCUGGCCGAGUUGCUUUUCCAAGUCAAGUUCCUCCCAAGAAAUGGAACUGGCGGUCUGAUCAUAUCUCCCACGCGUGAGCUCAGUGAACAGAUCUUCUCCGUCGCCAAGGAUGUCUGCAAGUACCUGCCGCAGACCAUCGGUAUCGUGAUGGGCGGCACCAAUCGCAAGAACGAAGCUGAGCGCCUCACUCGUGGCGUGAACAUCCUAAUCGCAACGCCGGGAAGACUUCUUGACCACAUGCAAAACACCAACGGUUUCCUUUAUAAGAACCUGCUGGUCUUCGUGAUCGACGAAGCUGAUCGCAUUCUUGAGAUCGGGUUCGAGGAGGAAAUGAACCAGAUUAUCAAGCUGCUUCCAAAGAAGCGCCAAACAUGCCUGUUUUCGGCGACGCAUACGUCAAAGGUCGAGGACAUGGUGCGCCUGUCGCUGACCAACCCCGUGUUCGUCCAGGCAUGCUCAAAAGACGUCGCCACAGUGGCCACCCUGGAACAGGGAUAUGUGGUAUGUGAGGCCGAGAACAGGUUCAUGCUGCUGUUCUCUUUCCUCAAGCGCCAUCUCGACAAGAAGAUUAUGGUCUUCUUCAGCAGUGGCAACUCGGUGAAGUUCCACGACGCACUGCUGAACUAUAUCGACAUACCUGCUAAGUCGAUUUACGGGAAGAAGCAGCAAAACAAGAGGUCCGGUGCCUACUUUUCGUUCUGCGGCGCCAAGGUUGAUUGGAUCGUUCAGUACGACCCCCCCGCAGACCCCCGCGACUACAUCCACCGUGUGGGUCGUACGGCAAGAGGCGCUGACGGCGAGGGCAAGGCCAUCAUGUUCCUAAUGCCGGAGGAGUUGGGAUUUUUGCACUACUUGAAGGAGCUCAAGGUGCCGCUGAGCAAGUACGAGUUCGAGCUCAGCAAGAUCGCAAACGUGCAAGUGCAGCUGGAGAAGCUGGUGGAGAAGAAUUUCUACCUUAACCGAGCGUCCCGCGAGGCUUAUAGGGCAUACUUACAUGCUUACCUAUCGCACAGCCUUAAGGACAUUUUCAACGUGCACUCGCUGGACCUGGUGAGGGUGGCACGGUCGUUCGGGUUUUCGAACCCGCCUAAGGUUGAGCUCAACAUAAAGCACGCCGACCGCAAGAAGCGCCCGCGGGAGCACACGGAGACUGAGAUGCGCCGCGAGCAGCCGUCGACGAAGCUCCUGUCCAAGAAGAAAGGGGACAAGCGGCAGUUCUCGCGGUAG